GAGCUUAUACUUUGUUACUGUAUCUUCUAGAUAUGCUGUACAUUUUUGGUCUUGUGAGCUGGGUUGACUUGAGACCCAGUCAACAAUAGCAGAAUUGUGUUUGUGUUUAUGUAAAUACAGAAAGAGAAUUCAGACUUUGUUGGCUUCACUCCAGUUCUGUGCACUCCAACUUCUCAACUGAGAACUGGUUAGAGAUGCAGGAGAAUUCACUGUCUUGCUGCCUUCACGUGCUCUCGGAAUUAUCGUAAACACGAGUUUCCUAGGUAAAAUUGCACAUGAAUGCCCUCCCAUUUCGAAACUUGAAUGCGAUGAGCGUAAUCACGACUUCAGAAGUGGGAAUUAUCAAUUUCCUAUAGCACGUGAAGGCAGCAUUAGAUAGACAAACUUGUACAAAGAGGAAUUAUAAACAAUGAUCUGGUUUCUAAUUCUAACUGUUAAAGUGCAGUGUUAGUAGUGGAUGAAAUGUGCAAAGUAUCAAGGUGUUGUGAAUGCAAUUCUGUUCUUUCGCAUGGGUACUAUGAAAGAGAUGGACUGUUCUUCUGUAAGAAAGAUUACUGGUCACGAUUCCGAGAGCAGUGCCACAGCUGCUCAGAGUCUAUCACCACCGGUCCCAUUAUGGUGGCUGGGAAGCAUAAAUACCAUCCCGAGUGCUUCCUCUGUGAAAGUUGUGGCAUGUUCAUUGGAGAUGGUGAUUCUUUCACUCUAGUGGAUUAUACCAAUUUAUACUGUGGACAAUGUCAUUACCAGAAGGUUUCAACACAGAAUUUGGCAGCAAAAAGUUCACAGCUUCCUCAUACAGUGACGUCAAUGUCAUUUCCUCCCUCUGCAGAAAGCAGGCAAGGUUUAUCCUUCACUGUGGAGCAGAAUGAUACAGGCCAUUUGAUCACCGUGUCUCAGCUGGACUUGCAUAACCUGAGUCCUGAAGUUAAGCCCUUGAUCCAUGUUGGAGACAGGAUUCUUGAGAUCAAUGGAAUCUCUGUCCAGAACAUUCCACUCACUGAGAUAGAUCUGGUGAUUCACGAUACAGAGCACUGGCUACAAAUCACGAUUGAACAUGACCCUAAAGACCUCACAAAACAGGAGGACCUAUCUGGCCUGCUGGGAGAAGAACUGGACCAGCCUGGAAAACUAGGUUUCUUUCCCCUUCCUAGCAGCAGACGACUAAGCCCUCGAUCCAACAAUAUUCUGCGCAGCUGCAGCAUUGAUAAAGGUCCAUGCUCGCAACGUCACGCUGCACUUCUUUCACAUAGAAGAGACAUUAAUCGAUCAGAGUCUCUGCGUUUUGACACUAUGGACAAAACACAACGUAUCUUCCGACCCUCCGACCUAAUAUAUGGUGAAGUUUUGGGAAAAGGUUGUUUUGGACAAGCCAUAAAGGUGACACAUUUGGAAACAGGUGAGGUCAUGGUGAUUAAGGAACUACUUCAAUUCGAUGAAGAGACUCAGAAGACAUUCUUGAAAGAGGUCAAAGUAAUGAGAUGCCUGGAACAUCCUAAUGUCUUAAAGUUCAUCGGCAUUCUGUACAAAGACAAACGGCUGAACCUGAUCUCUGAAUAUGUGCAAGGAGGAACGCUGAGGGACACCAUCCAGAAGAUGGACUGGGAUCACCCUUGGAAACUUAGAGUGAGCUACGCCAAGGACAUUGCUGCUGGAAUGGCUUACCUACAUUCAAUGAAUGUCAUCCAUCGGGAUCUAAACUCACACAACUGCUUUGUUCGAGAGAACCAAACCGUGGUAGUUGCCGACUUUGGUUUGGCUCAGCUUGUAAAGGAAGAAAAGACCUCCUCUCCUGGACAAAUGUCCAAAUUGAACAAGCUUGGUCGUAAAAAGCGGUAUACAGUGGUGGGGAAUCCCUACUGGAUGGCACCAGAAAUGAUCCACGGAAAAGUCUACGAUGAACGGGUCGACAUUUUCUCAUUCGGGAUUGUGCUUUGUGAGAUUAUUGGAAGAGUAUAUGCCGAUCCAGAUUACCUCCCUCGUACACAGGAGUUUGGAUUGAAUGUGAAUGAAUUCCUGGAGCGCUUCUGGUUUAAAGAAUGUCCUGCACCUUUCUUUCCCAUCGCGGUUCUGUGUUGUGCCUUGGAGGCUGAAAAACGUCCCAUUUUUGCCAAAUUAGAGGAUUGGCUGGAGAACCUGCAGAUGCAUUUGAGGAUCAGACUUCCUCUGAUGUCGGAACUGGAUAAGAUCCACCAAGAAUUUUGGGAGAACCACAGCCAGCCAAAACAAACUUAUGGGAUUCCUUCAAAACAGAUGGAGAACUCGGCAUUAGGCAGAAGCUGAGACUUGGCAUGCCUAUGUAGCAGACAACAGUAUUUUCAUGUACUGAUCUUCAAAUUCUCAAACUGUUAUUUACAGUGACCCCACUUAAAUAUGUAUGUAUGUCAUUACAUGCUUCUCUCAUUGAAUUCACUUUUCUGAGCCAGUUUUUGCAAUGACUUUUACUAUUUUUGUCUUAAUUUUGAAGAGAAUAUCUGUUGUUUCAUCAUUUAAAACUUAUUUUUGUGAAAUGUUUUGCUUGAAAAGUAUGUUUGUGGUAUAAUAAUUCAUUACAAUUGAUGUCAUUUGAUUUUGUUUUGUUUUUUGUUUUUUUAUGUAAAGCAAAGACAUUUGUCCAUUUUAAGUCUCCAAAUGCAUUUUGCGGUCACUGUAUGUUUUACAAGCUAUUGUUUAUACAGUCUGGUGCAACAAUUUAAUCUCAGACAAAAAAGGUGCUCUAGAUUCUUCUUGAGAAAACAGUAUUAUAAAUUUAAGCUAAAAAAAGACUAUAAAAUUGGCAUAAGAACA